UGCUUUUUGGGGUCGCUUAUAGCGAAUAUGGAGUCAAAAUCAAAAUCCAAGAUGGCGCCGACAAGAUUUGCCAACUUUCCACCAUGGGUGUCAUUUUCAUGGUUUUUGGGGUCGCUUAUAGCGAAUAUGGAGUCAAAAUCAAAAUCCAAGAUGGCGCCGACAAGAUUUGCCAACUUUCCAUCAUGGGUGUCAUUUUCGUGGUUUUUGGGGUCGCUUAUAGCGAAUAUGGAGUCAAAAUCAAAAUCCAAGAUGGCGCCGACAAGAUUUGCCAACUUUCCAACAUGGGUGUCAUUUUCAUGGUUUUUGGGGUCGCUUAUAGCGAAUAUGGAGUCAAAAUCAAAAUCCAAGAUGGCGCCGACAAGAUUUGCCAACUUUCCAACAUGGGUGUCAUUUUCAUGGUUUUUGGGGUCGCUUAUAGCGAAUAUGGAGUCAAAAUCAAAAUCCAAGAUGGCGCCGACUAGAUUUGCCAACUUUCCAUCAUGGGUGUCAUUUUCGUGGUUUUUGGGGUCGCUUAUAGCGAAUAUGGAGUCAAAAUCAAAAUCCAAGAUGGCGCCGACAAGAUUUGCCAACUUUCCAUCAUGGGUGUCAUUUUCAUGGUUUUUGGGGUCGCUUAUAGCGAAUAUGGAGUCAAAAUCAAAAUCCAAGAUGGCGCCGACUAGAUUUGCCAACUUUCCAUCAUGGGUGUCAUUUUCGUGGUUUUUGGGGUCGCUUAUAGCGAAUAUGGAGUCAAAAUCAAAAUCCAAGAUGGCGCCGACAAGAUUUGCCAACUUUCCAUCAUGGGUGUCAUUUUCAUGGUUUUUGGGGUCGCUUAUAGCGAAUAUGGAGUCAAAAUCAAAAUCCAAGAUGGCGCCGACUAGAUUUGCCAACUUUCCAUCAUGGGUGUCAUUUUCAUGGUUUUUGGGGUCGCUUAUAACGAAUAUAAAGUGAAAAU